AUGUUGAGUACUAGUGCUAGCAGUGGUAAUAUGCUUAGAAAUGAUGUAGAUCCUGAUUUAUUGCAAGAAAUUCGACUUUAUGAAAAUAGCGUUGAACGUGAACGAGUGGAUAAUAUGAGUGAAUUGUACGCUGUCUUAAACGCUUUGGAAUGUCUGGAAAAAGUUUUUAGUCGUGAUUGUAUCGCUCCAAAAGAGUACACCGCGGAAUGUUCAAAGCUUUUGGUACAGUACAAAGUAGCUUUGCGAUUAGUUCAAUGCGAUAUUGAUGAAUUCGUGAAAAAGUAUCGAAUUGAAUGCCCAGCAGCAUUAAUGCGAAUUCGUGAAGAUCGCCCAAUUACGGUAAAAGAUGACAAGGGUAACACAUUGAAAUGUAUUGCAGAGAUUGUAGAAAUGUUUAUUACAUUUUUGGAUCAGCUUAAACUUAAUGUAAGAGCCGUUGAUGAGCUUUUCCCGACAUUGAAUGAACUCAACGUAUCGAUUUGCUCUAUGAUCAGCUUACCAGACAACUUCGAGUCAAAGCUUAAAGUAAAACACUGGCAUGACAAGUUAAAAAGCAUGGGUGCAAGCGAGGAAAUUACUGAUGAUGAUGCACGGCAAAUGAUUUUCGAUAUCGAAACUGCUUACAACUCAUUUACUCGUUUUUUGCAUAAUUAA